GCGCAGUUGAACGUUAGUUUCACUUGUUACGUUGGUUUUAAUUUUCACCCGGAGCUAAGCGAACAUAAUAAAAUGGAGCGGAAACUGCACAGUGGAAUGCACCAUGCCACGCUGCGGCAGCUGCAGGAGUCGGGCUGCGAGAUAGCGCCGCACAAUCUCAUGUAUCCGGUGUUCAUCGUGAGCAACGACGACGAUGUCCAGCCAAUUGCCAGCAUGCCGGGAAUCUCGAGAUUCGGACUGAAUCGCCUGAAGGAGCACCUGGAGCGGCUGGUGGCCAAGGGACUGUCGUCGGUGCUGCUCUUUGGCGUCGUGGAGCCGGACAUGAAGGAUGAGCAGGCCUCCAAUGCGGAUUCAGCAAAGAAUCCAGUGGUUCUCGCUCUACCGAAGCUCCGGGAAUGGUUUCCGGAUCUGCUGAUAGCCUGUGAUGUGUGCAUCUGCCCGUACUCCUCGCACGGUCACUGCGGUCUGCUGGGCGAAACGGGUCUGGAGAACGGACCCAGCAUAAAGCGGAUAGCCGAGAUAGCCGUGGCUUAUGCCAAAGCUGGAGCGCACAUAGUGGCUCCAUCGGACAUGAUGGACAACCGGGUGAAGGCCAUUAAGCAGGCCCUCAUCGAUGCCCAGAUGAACAGUGUGUCCCUGCUGGCGUACUCCGCCAAGUUCACAUCCAAUUUCUACGGACCCUUCCGGGAGGCAGCACAAUCCGCACCGAAAUUCGGUGACCGGAGGUGCUAUCAGCUGCCCAGUGGUUCCAGAAGCUUAGCGAUGAGAGCCAUUCAACGUGAUGUCGCCGAGGGAGCCGACAUGCUGAUGGUGAAACCGGGAAUGCCCUAUCUGGAUAUCCUACGAUCUACAAAGGAUUCUUAUCCGUAUCACACGCUGUACGUCUACCAGGUGUCCGGGGAGUUCGCUAUGCUGUAUCAUGCCGCCAAGGCGGGCGCCUUUGACCUCAAGGAUGCCGUUCUGGAGGCCAUGAAAGGCUUUCGACGAGCUGGUGCCGAUUGCAUCAUCACCUACUACACACCCUUUCUGCUGGACAUUAUCGGAAAGGUCAAGUAAUGGUCUACCUCCCAUGGCCGAUGUCUUAAUACCAUGUUAAGUAGAUUAGAGUGGACCUCUUAAAACCAUUAAUGGAAAAUGGAACCAUUUGUACAAAAUAGUGCAAUCUUUGUAGGAUUUUUAAAUUAUUUAUACGAAGCUCUCCAUACUUUAUACUUAAAUAAGCGAAAGAAUAAAUAUUGACUUGUAUUCAGGGACCAGAAUAUUAAGUGCGCCGGUUAAGUGGCUUAAAUAUGACUCAAAGGCUUCUACUUAUAUCAAUGUAUUAGUUAUUUUAAUACAUUAUUCAAUAAAAGAAGUCCACUCUAA